UUGAAUGGGAUAAGAAUAUUAGUAAGCAUGAUACAAGGAGCAGAGAAGGAAGCAAAUCUUGCACAUAUCUUUUUCCAUUAUCUUAACUUGAUAUUGGUGGUACUUAAUGUAUCUGUGCUUGGAUUUUUUGUAAUCGUAUAUCCAGAUAAUGGAAUGUGGCCGGUAUUGGUUCCAGCUCAUCUAUUCUAUUUACUUCCAAGCAUUUUAUACCAUAUGCUCCCAUUCAUCAGAGGUAGCAUUUUAUUUAACUGGAUUGCACAUAUGAUAAGCUCCAUCACACUUGCGCUCUUUGUUAUUUCAUUAGCAUUAUUUUUAUACUUCAUGAACGACGGCUUCUGGGAUCCAAUAGCCUUCUCUGUAAUUCUGGUUGGUACCUUACCUGGAGCUCUUGUCUCCAUAUCAGUUCUCUUCCUCCUAAACUCAGAAACCCAGAUCCCCCAAGUCCAAUACAUCCUCGUCCAAAACACAAGUAUUUCCCAGCCCAUGAAGAUCCCUCAAGACAUGAUUUAACCCAAUCAGCUUGGCCUGAU